GGAGAGGGAGAGGGGCCGAGCGAGUUAGCUAAGAGGUUCGAUCAAUUGUUCAAAUCGACAGCGUUCUCCUCCGGAUCUGACUGUCUCGCUGCCGCCGCUUUCUGAGAAGUUGGAGAUUCCCUGGGGCUUUUGCAUUCCGCACCUCUAUUAUCAUUAGUUUGCGGAGAGAACAAAUGUUGAGGGCUCGGAGACGUGUGCCUUGUUGCGAUGAGGGAUGCUAACUGUGUUGAUGAACUAUCUGAGGGCCUGCUGGCGGCCAUCUUCUGAUUGCCGCUUUGUUCACGCUGGUUCUGAUGCGGUUGGCAGGCAGGAUGGGCUUCUAUGGUAUAAGGACUUUGGGCAGCAUGUGAAUGGGGAAUUCUCCAUGGCCGUGGUCCAGGCCAACAACUUACUGGAGGACCAAAGCCAGAUAGAGUCUGGGCCAUUGUCUUUGUUGGAUUCUGGUCCUUAUGGAACUUUUGUGGGUGUUUAUGAUGGGCAUGGCGGUCCAGAGACUUCAAGAUACAUCACUGAUCAUCUAUUUCAACAUUUAAAGAGAUUUGCUUCAGAGCAGCAGUCAAUGUCAGCUGAGGUGAUUCGUAAGGCAUAUCAAGCCACAGAAGAAGGAUUUCUCUCUUUUGUUGCCAAACAAUGGCCUGUCAAACCUCAGAUUGCUGCUGUUGGAUCUUGCUGUCUUGUGGGCAUCAUUUGUGCCGGAACUUUGUAUGUUGCUAAUGUUGGAGACUCCCGUGUUGUUAUGGGAAGGUUAGUCAAGGCAACUGGAGAGGUUUUGGCAGUCCAGUUGUCCGCAGAGCACAAUGCAAGCAUUGAGUCUGUUAGACAAGAGCUACAAUCAUUGCACCCAGAGGACUCCCAAAUUGUUGUCCUUAAGCAUAAUGUUUGGCGUGUUAAGGGCCUUAUCCAGGUAUCCAGGUCCAUUGGUGAUAUAUAUCUCAAGAAAGCAGAGUAUAAUCGUGAGCCCUUGUAUGCAAAAUUUCGCCUCCGAGAGCCUUUCAAAAAACCGAUACUUAGUUCCGAGCCAUCAAUUUCUGUACAUCCACUUCAGCCACCGGAUCAGUUUCUUAUUUUUGCAUCUGAUGGGCUAUGGGAACACCUUAGCAAUCAACAAGCAGUAGACAUUGUGAAUAGCACUCCUCGAAGUCAGGGAAGCGCCAAAAAGCUUAUAAAAACCGCACUCCAAGCCGCAGCCAAGAAGAGAGAGAUGAGGUACUCAGAUCUUAAGAAGAUCGAUCGCGGAGUUCGCCGGCAUUUCCAUGACGACAUAACGGUGGUGGUCGUAUUCCUCGAUUCUAAUCUUAUAAGCCGAGCUAGCUCGGCCAAGCUUCCAUCACUUUCAUUGAGAGGGGGAGGAAUCACCCUUCCUCACAACUCUCUCGCACCAUGCGCCGCGCAAGCAGAUCUCGCCGGCCCCUGAUACGACACUACUAAGGUUGUUGCUUCAACCCACCAGCUUUCUGCUUUGAUUUAUUAUGAUGAAUUUGCUGUCACCAUGUUAUCACAAAGGAAUCAAAUCCCUUUGUUCUUUGUAAUCUCUUCAUGUAAUUUAGGGUUUACUUUCACAUCAGGAUGAUGGGACUAUAAAGAAUUAUUUACUAGGAAACCCUUUUUUUUUUUUUAAUUUAAUUUCCUUCCCCACCCUUUUUUUCUUGAUAAAAACAUGUGGGCACAUUUCACUUUGUAAAUCCUAUAGUACUCA